UUUAACUACAUUGCAAGUCUUAAAAAAAAGGAGCAACACAAGAUAACUUAAAGCUUCAUCUUCUGUGCAAAUUAAUUUGAGAUGAACAGAAACUCGUAGCCAAAUUUGCAAACAUGAUUAGUGUUUUGUAUUCACUUGUAUUUGCUGAAAUGGCUGUAAUUGUAGCACUCUUGUUUAGGACACCUCUAAGAAGGUUAAUGAUCAUAGGGAUGGAUCAAAUGAAGCGAGGAAAAGGACCGUUGGUGGCCAAAACUGUGGCGGCAACGUUGCUUGUGGUGUUCGGUGGUGUUCUAUACAGUGUGAUGCAAAUUCGGCGACGUUUGGUGGGAUCUGGUAUUGUUAUUAAUUCUACUGAUGAAAUUCUUAUGGCUCAAAGACUUUUGGAGGCAUCUCUCAUGGGGUUUUGUCUGUUUCUUGCAAUGAUGACAGACAGGCUUCACUACUGUAUCAAAGAGCUAUAUAUUGCAAGGGAGCAGCUCAAAAGAUCAAAACAUGAUGAAAAGCCAAAAGUUAAAGAGAUAGAAACUGUUUCCAAAAGAAAGACAAAAGAAGCAAAGUUUCCAGUUUCUGCUUAAAAUGUUCAACUACCAAUACCAUGUAAUAAUAUUUCUUCACCUGACAUUGGCAAUGUAAAUUGUACUAUAUAAGAUUCCUAUGAUGAUGUUAUAGAUAUAGAUAUCAUAAUAGCAUCAACAAUAAUUAUCAUUCAGUCUCCUGGCUCGUUUGUAUAUUUGAUUACUAUAGUGCAUGAGUCUUAAUCUUUUUGUUUUCUUCGGUCAAUUA